AAUGUGACUGUUUUAACCAUAGUUCUCCGAUUAUUUGCUUAAGUUUAGGUUUCUGAUAUUCUGUUUUGGUGAGACUAUGUGGCAACACUCUCUGGUUUCCUUUGUUUUAUCUCCUUAUUUCUAUUUGUAACCUUUUUUAAUUUUUCUGAUGUUGAGUUUUGAUAACUUCUUUUCUUCUUUGAUUGUUUCAUGUGUUUGGAGGUUUACUCGCGACAAGAAAUCGAGACUGGUUCGGAAGAUUACUAAAAUUUUUACAAACAAAUUCGAUGGUCCUUUCUAUAGCUGGUCAUGUGUGCCUCGGGAUAGACAAGAAAGAUACUUUCUCGAGUUUGCGAAAACACACACCUGGGAUCCAUUAAUCACAGGGACUGUGCAAUAUCACUUCGAGGAGAUCAUCGCACGCCGCAUGAAAGACAUGGUUAGCGGCGUAAGGACUUCUCGAGUUCAACCUACGUGGAUUGGCAAAACUAUCUGGGAAACAAUGUGCGCUUACUGGGACACAGAAGAAGCUCAGGAAAGGAGUAAGACCUAUUCCAAUGCUCGUAUGUCUGACCGCAACGGUCUCGGUCCUCACAUCCACUUCUCAGGGCCUAAGUCUUAUCAAGAAAUCCAAGACGAUAUGGUAAGUUUAAUUCUGUUACUUCUUGUUAUUAAACUUUGUAACUAUGAAUUCAGACAUCUGUUUUGGAGAUGUUAAUAUCUGUUUAUUUGGUUACAUUGCAGGAAGAGGAAUUGGGAAGACCGGUAAGUCUUGGUGAAGUUUUCAUCAAGACACAUACAAGGCCGGAUGGUACAUAUGUUGAUCGGAAAGCGGAGAAGAUUGCAAAAACUUAUGAGCAGAAUGUGCUUGAUAGGUU